CAGACAAUCCGCAUCUUCACACCAGUUGAAUUACAAAACGGAUUAUAGCGCUGUUGCUCAUUACGGCAUUCAAGAUACCUCAUUUUUACUUGAUCGGACAAUGCAAUUUGAAUACAGUAUAUUUAUUUACAGUAUUCGAGUUCAAACGUAUUAUUCUGUUUAAUAGAAGACGUUGCUUUUGUGGUCGGAUCACUUUUAAAUCCCUUUUAAAUCCCAAUAAUGCCUUUUCCGCCGAUAAAUCUCCAUCAACGAAUCUCUUCUCCCGGGAGAGACCUCUUCAGGAAAAAGAAACAGACGGAGGAAAAAGACUCGGAGAAGGAAAAGAUCUCGAAGUCUUGGACUACGGCCAAUCUGAGGAAUUUGGGGCGAAAACCCCAACAACAGAAAACUAAACUCCCGAUUCAGGAGACAGAGGGUUUAAAGAGCUCGUGGCUAACUUUACCCAAACAAUCUCAAGACUCGUGCGAGAGCGUUCCGCUUUACAGUUCUGUGGAAUCCACCACGCACCGGGACAGGGGUAAGCAGUCCUCGCGGAGUUCCAUAGGAAAGGACGAGGCAGGAGAAGAAAGGAAGAUUCAAUUCUCUCUGAGCCUCACACCGGAGGCCAUUCUCGUUAUUCAGAAGCGCAGCUUAGAAAAACAGAUGCUAGCCAAACAGCAGAAGGGUUGUGUGUCCGUAGACUUUCGGCACAGGCGAGUCUUUCCAUCCAAACGGACUCAAGGUGGUUCCAAAAGCUCGACCAUUCCCGUCGCCAAUCUGGAACACGCAGAGGACAUUACAGCCAUAGUCAAAAUAUCUUUACUAAAUGAUCAGUAUAAAUACGAUGACGUGGAAUACGAAGAAGAAGAUGGCGAUGUGGAUGAGACGGUGGUGAGGAAAUGCAAAGAAUGGCUGAAAGGAGUGGAAAGUGCUGCUGCUUUUGGGAAAGUGGACAAACUAUCUACCCUUCCUCACCUAAAAAGCUGCUGACGAAUGCUUCUCAUAUUAUAAGACUUUAAUAUGAUGUGACAAGGCAAGCUAGGAACAUUGCACAUUGUAGCCCACACAAAAUAUGGAUUCUUAGUAGCCUAUCCACUGACACUGCUCACCAUUACGCACGGCGAACACUGUUUCCACACACAUGGGAAUGUUUUUUUUUUACUAGUCUAAUAAUUCUAAUGAUGUCUGAAUUGAAUAGCCUUUCAUGUUGACACUGUCAAAAUCCUGUGUUCUCUUCUUUUGCACGUCUUUAUGUUUUUAUUGAGGCGCCUUUAUCCGUUGGUUGGCAUGAGCCGCCUGCGAUCCAAGGACCCUCUACCUUUGUGUCCAAGAACAAUAGCUGGCAUCGACAGGGUUACUUUGUGCGUGUUGUUGUUGUUGUUGUUGGGUGCACCUCUCAGAAGAUGCACCUGUUUGUUUUUUUUGCACUGUCUGUAAAAUGAAAGAAAAACUGUUGUGGAGGUGGAUCUGAUUUGUAGGCCUACCUUAUUUAUUAUGAGGGGGGGGGGGGAUGUUUGUAUCAGCUCAAAUGUUUCGUUCUACCCUGACAUUUUUAUGUCAUUUGUAUGAAGUAAAAAAUGUUUUCAAUCUA